CGCUAAAAAAGGAAAAAGAAAAGAGAAGCUGUUUUUUUGGACAAAAGAGAAGCUGGUUUGAAUGGAACAUAGGUGCAUGCGGGAAACAUAAAUAUUUUACAGUAACUCAGAAUCAAUUCUCAAACCUCUCAAACCUCUUUGCUCAAUCUUUGGGUUUCCUCUUUCUUCUUGUCUCUUGUUAAGAUUCGUCUGGAAAAAAAAAGUGGACCUUGUGCUCAAGAAGACAGCUUUAAACAUCAUUUUGUAAAAGGGGAUGAAACAGAUGUUCUUGUAUCCCUAAGCCGAGAUGGAUACAAGUAGUAGUAUCCUCAGCCCUCCUGGAGAAAGAGAAAGAGAAAGAGAAAGAGAGUUCUCAAACGGUGAUUUCUACUCCGGUGAAGUCAAAGGACUGCUUCCACACGGGAAAGGAAAGUACUCGUGGUCAGAUGGAACCGUCUACGAGGGAGACUGGGACCAAGGCAAAAUCUCCGGCAAAGGCAAGCUCACCUGGUCAUCCGGAGCUAAAUACCAAGGAGACUUCUCCGGCGGCUACCUCCACGGUAUCGGCACCAUGACUUCGCCAGACGAGUCUGUUUACAGCGGAGCGUGGAGGAUGAACGUGAGGCACGGUCUAGGGAGGAAAGAGUACUGCAACUCCGAUCUCUACGACGGUUCUUGGAAAGAAGGGUCGCAGGAAGGGCGUGGCAGCUACUCUUGGACCAACGGGAACAGGUACAUAGGGAGCUGGAAGAAAGGUAAGAUGUGUGGGAGAGGGGUGAUGAGGUGGGGGGAUGGUGAUCUUUUCGACGGGUUUUGGUUGAACGGGUCUAGACACGGCUCUGGUGUUUACAAGUUUGCUGAUGGGUCUUUGUACUUUGGGACGUGGUCUCGUGGCGUUAAAGACGGGAAAGGGAUCUUUUACCCUGCUGGGAGUAAACAUCCUUCUUUAAAGAAGUGGUGCCGCUCGCUCGAGUACGAUGACACUGGGAAGUUUGUACUCUCUCGUAGUAACUCCUCGAUGGGUGUUGAUGAGAUAAGGAGUCUGAGCAAUGUGAGUCGAAGUCUUUCCAUGAAUACUUUAGCCUCUGAUCAUCCAAGAGACUUGACAUCCAAGUCUGCGAGGACUUUUGGGUCGGCAAGGCAAAGCGAGGGGGGACAGGAUAAGAACCGUAUCGCUUACGAGAGGGAGUACAUGCAAGGAGUUUUGAUUAGAGAGAGUGUGAUCACGAGUUCUGUUGACAGGUCGCUCAAGAUUAGACCACCUUCUUCAACAGCUCUUAGUAAACAAGUCAGUGCGAGGACUUUCAUGACGUUUCUUACCGGGGAACAUAAUUAUCAUCUGAUGCUUAAUCUCCAACUUGGUAUCAGGUAUACUGUGGGGAAAAUCACACCAGUGCCAAGGCGAGAGGUACGUGGUUCUGACUUUGGUAAGAAGGCCAGAACGGUUAUGUUCUUCCCCAGAGACGGCUCUAAUCUUACGCCUCCGCACAAAUCUAUCGACUUCUCUUGGAAAGACUAUUGUCCUAUGGUUUUCAGGAAUUUGAGGGAAAUGUUCAAGUUAGAUGCUGCAGAGUACAUGAUGUCUAUAUGUGGUGAUGAUGGGCUGACAGAGAUUUGUUCCCCUGGUAAAAGUGGCAGUAUCUUCUACCUUUCUCACGACGACAGAUUUGUCAUCAAGACAUUAAAACAAUCUGAGUUGAAGGUUCUACUCAAAAUGUUGCCAAGGUACUAUAAACAUGUAGGGGACCAUGAGAACACACUUAUAACCAAAUUCUUUGGAGUUCAUAGGAUAACACUCAAGUGGGGGAAAAAGGUACGCUUUGUGGUCAUGGGAAACAUGUUUUGCACAGAGCUGAAGAUUCAUCGUCGAUAUGAUCUUAAGGGUUCAUCACAAGGGAGGUUUACUGAAAAGAUUAAAAUCCAAGAAAAGACAACCUUGAAAGAUCUUGAUCUUGCUUAUGAAUUUCAUAUGGACAAGCUGUUAAGGGAAGCACUCUUCAAGCAAAUUUAUUUGGACUGUGCGUUCUUGGAAUCUCUACAGAUCAUUGACUACAGUCUUUUACUGGGAUUACAUUUUAGAGCUCCCGGGCAGCUUAACGAUAUCCUUGAGCCUCCUAACGCAAUCUCAGAUCAAGAGAGCGUUUCCUCUGUAGACGUUGGUGUGACUCAAGAACUCUCCAUUCCACCAAAAGGAUUGCUACUGGUGACUCACGAACCCAACUCCGUGAGUACUGCACCAGGUCCUCACAUCAGAGGAAGCACACUCAGAGCAUUUUCCGUUGGAGAGCAAGAAGUUGAUCUCAUUCUUCCUGGAACCGCAAGGCUGCGGGUACAGUUAGGAGUGAACAUGCCGGCUCAAGCUCACCACAAGCUUGAUGAGGACAAGGAAGAGUCUGCCACAAUUGAGCUCUUUGAAGUAUACGACGUGGUUGUGUACAUGGGAAUCAUAGAUAUUCUACAGGAGUAUAACACCAAGAAGAAAGUGGAGCAUAAAUGCAAGUCUUUGCAGUAUGAUCCCUUGACAAUAUCUGUGACCGAACCCACCAUUUACUCAAAACGCUUUGUCAAUUUUCUACAUAAGGUAUUCCCUGAAGGGAUGUAGGACUCCAAAAACAAAAACAAAAAAUCAUUCUUCUUCCAUUUAAGAUCAUCUAGUUUUCUCUUAAUACUUCUCUAUACAUUUGACAUUGAAAAACCUCACUGUGAAUGAAUGUUUUGUAAAUUUUU